AUGAGUUACUUUACUGAAGCGAACUACAGUCAAGAAUACAAUCGUUUUUUUUAUUUUCUUUCUCCUACCCAGCGCGAAGUAAUUUCGAUACAGGUAGGACAGGCCGGGUGCCAGAUUGGGAAUGCUUGCUGGCAACUGUUCACCACCGAGCACGGUGUACAGCCGGACGGUAUGAUGGCUCCGAACCAACCGGUCGAGGAAAACAUGGCCGCCUUUUUCCAAGACACACGCUCUGGACGUGUUGUGCCCCGUAGCAUUUUUAUCGAUCUGGAAGAAUCCGUAAUAGACGACAUCCGGAACAGCUCGUACAAACAGCUCUACCAUCCGGAGUAUAUGAUAAUGGGCAAGGAAGAUGCGGCGAACAAUUUCGCCCGGGGCCACUAUACCGUGGGCAAGCAAAUAAUCGAGCGGGUCUCGAACACGAUACGGAAGCUGUCGGAGCAGUGCGGUGGGUUGCAGGGUUUCCUAUUGUUUCAUUCGUUCGGCGGUGGAACCGGGUCCGGGUUUACCUCACUGCUGCUCGAACAGAUCGCGAUGGACUUUGGGAAGCAGUGCAAGCUACAGUUUGCGGUGUAUCCGUCGCCAAAAAUCUCGACCGCUGUCGUUGAACCGUACAAUGCGGUACUGUGUACGCACGGCACUAUGAACUCGGCCGACUGCUGCUUCAUCAUGGACAACGAGGCAACGUACGAGAUCUGCUCCAAGACGCUGCAGAUCGAUCGACCACACUAUACCGAUCUGAACGCGCUAGUCGCGCAGGUAGUUUCGUCGGCGACCGCUUCACUACGCUUCAAGGGCACGAUGAACGUCGAUCUGAACGAAUUCCAAACGAAUCUCGUGCCCUACCCGAGGGUGCACUAUCCGCUCGUUUCGUACGCUCCGCUCGUAUCGGCCUCGAAGGCUUCGCACGAGAGCAGCUCGGUGGCGGAAAUAACGAACGCCUGCUUUACCGCGGAAAACACGAUGGUCAAGUGUGAUCCACGCCACGGGAAGUAUAUGGCGUGCUGUAUGCUGUUCCGGGGUGAUGUCGUACCGAAGGAUACGAACGAAGCGGUGGCAGCAAUCAAGACCAAGCGGCACAUCAACUUUGUCGAUUGGUGUCCAACCGGGUUUAAGAUCGGCAUUAACCAGCAAGCCCCAUCGGUGCUGCCGGGAAGUGAGCUGGCCAGACCUAAACGGGCGGUAUGUAUGCUCUCGAACUCGACCGCCAUCUCGGAGGCGUGGGCUCGCCUGAACCAUAAGUACGAUCUGAUGUACAAGAAGCGCGCAUUCGUGCAUUGGUACGUGGGCGAGGGCAUGGAGGAGGGCGAAUUUUCCGAAGCCCGCGAAGAUCUUGCCUGUCUCGAGCGGGACUACGAGGAAGUUGCUGGUGAUACUGUCGGAUCGGAUGAAGAGUGUUAUGGUGAUGAAUUUUAA